AUGUCUCCGUCCGACCUCUCCAAAGCGUCCAGGUCCGAACUCUUGGACCUCUCCAGGAUGUCUCUAUCCGAUCUCUACAAGACCUCUCCAUCCGAUCUCCCAAAAAUGUUCCCAAGCAUCCCCUCAGUGUGGAAAGACCCCAGGCGUACUCGCCUUGCUUGGAAACGCUCCCGCAUGAUGCUCGCAAAAUUGGCAACACCACCAGCAUUAACAUCAGCAUCAACACUAGCACCACCACCGACUCCAACACCUGUACUCACUGGCAGCUUCAUAUCCAAACCGUGCCCAAGCACAGCCGACCUCAUCACUACCGACCACAUUAAUCUCGUCAGAUCUCGCAAAAAGCGUUUCACCGAGACAUACGAGCCCUUCCGACGCUGCCUCGCCGCCAUCGACCAAGCCGGCCGAAACCGAACAGCUAUUCGUCAAGCCCUCAAAUUCGCCAGCCAAACUACGAACUCUCCACCAAUGGCCCAACUCUUCCACGACGUCUGCCAGGACAGAGUUAUGAAGCCCGAAAUUGUUGGAAAGCUGGAGAGCAUCAUGGACAACCCCGACCCCAACGGAUACUCAGGGCCUCCAUCGAGAUUGGAACAUCAGAGCACGACCUCGAAGACUCUGGCGGCGACUUCAACGGCAAUAGCGGGAGCAAGACUCACGGCAGCGAGACGCGCCUUCUGGACAUACAACGAGCUGUGGGCAAUAGCAGACAUGAUCCACUCCACCAUGCUGGGCUUCUCCAGACGCGUGAAGAUGUACCUGGCCGUCGUCAGGCGCGUGAGGAGGAGUGCUCGCACAACCGGCCAGCAAACACAGAUAGAGACGCUGACACAGGCGCUUAUUCAGACUACACUGUCAGAGAAUGGAUGUGACGUUAAGGAGAGUGGAGCCAGCGUCACACCCGCCCGAAGAAUGAUCCCAUGGGAAAUGGUCUGGCUGGAGACGGACCAUUGGAAGCAGAAAUUGCGCGAAAUCCUUCAAAGUUCGACUACGGGUUAA